GAUUCUGUGUUUGGAAGGCGAAGAAUAUUUGUUUCCUCUGCAUAUCGCAUCACACUUUCCCUCUCAAAAUUAGAAAAACCGAACCCUAGAAAGUACAGCUAUACAUACGUGUUCUUGCGAUCGUGUGCCGUUCCAAAUUCCAAUCCACGUGCUCACAGAUUUUCACUCCAAUUUUCAUAUAAUCAGAACUUACAACUCAAUCGCUAGACUAUAAUUUCAUAUUUCAUAUUGAUAAGGUAAUAAUGAUUCCGUCCGAAAAGAGAACACGGCAUGAUAACGAAGAGAAUCAAGAUAGACUCAGUGACUUACCUGAUUGUGUUCUUCUUCACAUUUUGUCAUCUUUGAAUUCCAAACUUGCCGUUCAAACAUGCAUUUUGUCAACAAGAUGGAAGCAUCUCUGGAAAAAUAUUCACAAUCUUAUAUUGCAUUCUACAGAUUUUCGUGAGAGUAUAGAUUUUGCCGUAUUCGUGUCUAACAUUUUGACUCUUCGUGAUACCUCAAUUGGACUUCAGGCUCUUGAUCUUGAUAAUCGUGGUGAUAUUGAGCCUCGCCUCCUUAAUAUUGUUUUAAACUAUGUUUGUUCCCAUAAUACCCACAUCGAGCAAUUAGGAAUCACUGUCACUGCUGACAUUUGUCCCGUUCUGAGCUGUGUUUCUAAAUGUCGGACGCUUACAUCUCUUAAGCUUUCAGUUUACCCCAGAGGUGGUGAUAAUUAUGCAGAAACGUUAUUUCCAAAAUCUUUGAAUUUGCCUUUAUUGACCAGCUUAGACCUAACACAUUUCACCUUUUGCGGCGAUGAAAAUGGCUGUGCUGAACCCUUUUCCGCCUUUACCAAGUUGAAUAGUCUGGUUCUUCGUUUUUAUAAGGUAAAGGAUGCUGAAAUCCUCCGCAUAUCAAGUGUGACACUUGUCAGUUUAGCUUUGCAUUGUCAUGAUUCAUCAUCCGACUUUCCUAAAAUUGAGCUAUCUACUCCAAGUCUCUCCACAUUUACUUUUCCCCGAAAUCUAGAUCAGAAAAUAGGUGGCACUGCUCUUUCUUCUGUUAAACAAGUAAAUAUCAAUAUACCAGAUUUUGCAGUUUCAGCGGUGCGUGCUUUGGAUAUAUUAAGCUGGCUUCAAGACCUUGUCAAUGUAGAAUCAUUGACAGUCACUUCAAUUACUCUUCAGAUUCUCUCCCUAGCUCCUGAUCUAUUCAACGUUAAGUUGUCUUCUUUAUAUAAUUUGAAGUCAUUGGAAGUAGAACUGAUACCACUUGAUUAUGGAGGAUUAUCCCGUUUGAUGGAAAAGACCUUGUUAAAUAAAGCGGCCGCCAAGUCACGUAAGGAAGCUUCUAAGUUAAGAAAGGAAUUUAAAGCAGGUUUCAAACCACCUCCCAUACCUGAUGGAAUAGUUGACUUCUUGCGACAAAACUCACCGUCAGCGGAAGUUAACAUUAAAACAUAUUACCCAAAUCAUUUUGAUCUUAAACAGGUUGAAGAAUCUAUAAAGGGUGGAAAAAACACCAGCUAUCAUUCGCAAUUUGCCUCACCUGCCUUCUCCUCUGCUGUAUCUGCUUCUUCUGCUGCUCCUUCUUCUGCUGCACCUCCCAAUCUUCAUCUUUGUCGCGCUGAAAAGACACAUGAUAAAGCAUCUCAGUUUCAAAAGAAAAGGUGCGACCAUCAUAAGUUGUUGGAAAUCAAAUGCAACAAAAAUAAUGAAACUGGUGCACAUCAUUCAUCUAUCCAAGACCAACCAAAUACUAAUAUAGGAAAUGAGUUCAAUAAUCUAUACUUGAACACUAAGGGUGCGAAUAAUGCACGUGUUGAUAAUUAUAGUUCAGACAAUUAUAUACAAGAAGUGGAGUGCAUCAUUCGACGUGGGAAGCAAAAAAUUCAAGUAAAAGAUCAUACCUCCAAGAAAGAGUCUACAUCACAUCAGAUGAGAGAUGCACCUGUAGCACGGGCUCAAGCACGGGGUAAGAUUGUGGAGGCUAGUUCUUCACAAGUAACAGAAGAUUGUUCCCUUCUUAAAUGUAUGGUUGCUCUUGAAGAGAUAAGAGACAUUUCAAAUGACAUCUUCGGAAAAGCCUUAGAAAAGUUUAAGGAUCCUGAUUGGAGGAAAAUGUUUAUUGCAAUGUCUAAUGAUAAGAGACGUGCAUGGCUACUUAGACUUUAAUUAUAAAACUUAACUUGGUAUAUGUGGUUGUGGUUAUAUUUUUCUUUAAGCUAUUUGGUGGAUAAUUGUAUGACUGUUUUUAUGCGUUGUUGUUUUGAAUUUUAUAGUGAUGUUAUUAAACCAUUUGUUUCACUUUCAUUGAAUGUCUUGUUUUUUAAGUUUUGUUAUGAAUUUGAAUUUGUAUGACCAUUUAUAACCAGUAUUGAUAUCGAUAGAAGUGGUGAUUCUACUUAUGAUGUAA